UGCAACAGUUGUGAACCAACUACAAAGUGAAUUCGCUAACUCCAAACGUUUAGUGAUAAUAUUAAAAUUUCAUUACCGAUUAUAUGAAUAAUAUAUAAUUAUACAGACAAGGAUCGCAAAAUAUAUUACGUAACUUUCUUUAGUCGUGUACUAGCGACCGAAACUUGAGAAUGAAAUUAUUUGUACUACUGCUGGCACUAGCUGCCACUGGUGCGCAUGCUGAUGUCUCACACUUGAGCAGCGACUUGCAGGAGGAUGGUUAUCAUUAUAAGCAGCCUUCGGUGCCUUUCCCAGCACCACCUUCGGGCAAUGGCAUAGAUGAUGUACAAUAUCAACCAAGACCACAGCCACGUCCACAGCCGCAACCACAACCAAGGCCUCAACCUUCAUAUCCAGCUCCCUCACAGCCGUCGUAUCCAGCGCCAGGCCCACAGCCACAGCCGCAACCGCAGCCAUCGUAUCCAGCGCCACGUCCACAGCCACAGCCACAACCACAGCCAUCAUAUCCAGCACCACGCCCACAGCCACAACCGCAACCAAGACCACAACCUUCAUAUCCCGCUCCUUCACAGCCUUCACAGCCUACGCAGCCACAACCUCGGCCUCAACCUUCAUAUCCAGCACCCUCACAGCCUACACAGCCAGCACCUCGUCCACAACCUCAACCGGGUCGUCCAGCGCCAUCACCACAGCCAGGACCGGAAUAUUUGCCUCCAGAGCAACCACAGCAGCCAAGACCUCGUCCUCAACCACAGCCACGACCACAACCUCAACCUCAGCCCUCGUAUCCUGCCCCAAGGCCUCAACCUCAGCCUCAACCUCAACCUCAGCCUCAGCCACAACCACAGCCCUCAUAUCCUGCUCCACGUCCUCAACCACAACCUCAGCCUCAACCACGACCACAGCCUCAACCGCGUCCACAACAGCCAGGUCAGCAAAAACCUGGUCCUGAGUAUAUACCCCCAGCAGGACCAACUACUGGUCCAACUUAUCAACCACGACCGCAACAACCCACUCCUGGCCCAACUUAUCAACCACGACCACAACAACCCACUCCUGGCCCAACUUAUCAACCACGACCACAACAACCCACUCCUGGCCCAACUUAUCAGCCACGACCACAACAACCUACUCCUGGUCCAACUUAUCAGCCACGACCACAACAACCCACUCCCGGACCAACAUAUCAACCACGGCCACAGCAACCCACUCCGGGACCAACAUACCAACCACGUCCACAACCACAGCCGAAACCAUCACAGCCUGCCAAACCCGGUCCAGAAUAUUUACCACCACCUGGUGAAAAUGAAGUAGGCCCAAAACAGCCGGCGCCUCGUCCACAACCACAACCUCGGCCGUCGCAACCUAGUCAACCGGCACCUCGACCUAGCUAUCCAGCACCAAAACCUUCAUACCCUGCUCCUCAGCCUAGUUAUCCAGGAGGUCCCAGCGGUCCAGGAGGUCCACAAGGCCCAAGCGGACCAGGCGGUCCAAGUGGUCCAGGAGGCCCAGGCGGUCCAAGUGGCCCACAAGGCCCAGGUGGUCCAGGAGGUCCAGGCGGUUCGUAUGGUCCAGGUGGUCCAAGCGGUCCAAGUGGUCCACAAGGCCCAGGAGGUCCAGGAGGUCCAAGCGGUUCAUAUGGUCCAGGUGGUCCCAGCGGUCCAGGAGGUCCACAAGGCCCAGGUGGUCCAGGAGGUCCAAGCGGUUCAUAUGGUCCAGGUGGUCCCAGCGGUCCACAAGGCCCAGAAGGUCCAUGUGGUCCUAGCGGUUCAGGUAGUCCACAAGGUCCUGGAGGACCAAGCGGUUCAUAUGGCCCAGGAGGUCCAUGUGGUCCCAGCGGUCCAGGUGGUCCACAAGGCCCAGGCGGUCCCAGCGGUCCAGGAGGUCCAGGAGGCCCAGGUGGUUCAUAUGGUCCAGGUGGUCCCAGCGGUCCAGGAGGUCCACAAGGCCCAGGUGGACCAGGCGGUCCAAGCGGUCCAGGAGGCCCAGGCGGAUCAUUUGGUCCAGGAGGACCAGGUGGUCCAAGCGGUCCAGGUGGUCCACAAGGCCCAGGUGGACCAAGUGGUCCCAGCGGUCCAGGAGGCCCCAGCGGUUCAUAUGGUCCAGGAGGACCAGGUGGUCCAAGCGGUCCAGGAAGUCCACAAGGCCCAGGUGGUCCAAGUGGUUCAUAUAGUCCAGGCGGCCCUGGUGGACCAACAGGACCUAGCGGUCCCGAGGCGGGAUCUCUCGGACCUGAUGGUUAUAACUACAACAAACCAUCUAGACCCUUCUCAUAUUAAAUUAUUGUACUCAACACAUGAAACUCGCCCAUUUAGUAUUAUAAACAACUACGAAAUUUUUAUGAAGAAUUUAAUAAUAAAAAACCAAUAAAAACUAAAAUUAAUGUAUGAGCAACAUGUCUUCCAUACUGUCUAAAAAAAGACAAACGAUCGUUUACCACGGACGCGAAUGCCAGUUGACAUUUACAAAAAAUAUAAAUUAUAUGACUAUUUAAAAAUAA